AUGUUGACGACAGUUCUACUAUUCGUUCUUCUCCUAUUUACCAAUCAACUAAAUGGUCGUACAUUUCAUUCACGAGAAACAGAUAGUUUGAUUGUUAUGCGCGAUAGAUGUGCUGAAACUCCGUACGCCGAUGAAUGCACACGAGUUAAAUCACAAAUGGAAGAUUUACUUCGUAAAUGUAGUUCCAUGGUAACACCAGUAUCAGCUUGUAAUGAUGUCAGAACUAGAUAUUGCUUUAUAUGGCCUAGAGAACUUUACUGUUUUGGUAGUGGUGGUCAGGUAACAGUGAAACCACCGCCAUGGAAUACUGAUUCCGAUUGGACUCAAAUUCCAUCCGAUCCAAAUGAGCUUAAAAUACGUGGAGAUUACUGUGUUACUCGUCAAGCCGAACUUAAAUGUCGUAAUCUAUUAAAUGCAUUGAAAAUUCGCUAUGACGAAUGUUCUAAACGUCCAAAAACUGAUUAUAGUUGCCAAAGUUUUAAAGGUUCACUUUGUUCAGCUUUUCCAAAAUUUUCUCCAUGUCUCAAUGGUAGUGGUGGAUUAAAACGACGUGUAACUCAACUGGAAAAUUACCUUCGAAAACGACACAAGGUAAAACGAAAUAACAAAAAAUAAUUGAAAGAGCACGUACAAAUGAAUAAUGAUCCACGUAUUCGUCAAUUACUGAUUGAAAAUUUAAUGAAAUCAGGUAGUAAUGAAGAAAUGCUUCAACAAGUUCGCAAUUAUCCAACAACACAUUUUGAACGACUUGAACGUGAAAUGAAUGACGAUUCAAGUUUCGAUGGUGGUCGAUUUGAUACAGGAGCAAUGGGAGAUCUUGAUCCAAUGUGUGAUGAUGUUAUAGGCGAAAACUUUAGUGACGAAGAUCUGUAG